AUGUUCCAACCAAACCCAAACCCCGAAAGAAACUCUCCAAUGGCGACGUUUUCUAUUCCUUACGUUGCUCCCAACGCGGAUUCAUGGGGUCCUCCUGAUACCACUGAUGAAGCCAAUCCUAACGCUCCGUCGACUUCCAAGUUCGCCGACUUGCCAUACUCACCAUUUGGCCGAUCAGACCGUCUUGGAAGAGCUGCUGAUUUUAUUUCUGGCAACCGCCCAGGCCAAUACGGCCGCAAUGGCCGCUAUGUCAAGGGCAGACCAUUCAAGGAAGAAGGUGAAGAAGGAGAAGAAAGUUUUCAGUUGGUCGAUACAUCAAAGACUACGACUACCAAGCGCUUUGUCACACCCGCUGCCCGUCGUAGACAACACACUGCACGUCUCCGUCAAGUUAAUGCUCGCCGUCAGCAAAAUUCUGUUGGAUCUUCGGUUUCUAAGGAGACUUUGACACGCAAGGGACCAGGAGGUCGUGGAGGUGGCCGUGGUGGGGGUCGCGGAGGCCGAGGUGGUCGAGGACACCGAUACAACAACAAUCGCGUUGAUCGAAGCCCAUCUGUUGCAGUUCAGCCAGACUGGGUCAAGGUGGAGGAAUUGGAUUUGGCCAAGCUUACCAAGCAUUUGAGCACUUCCACAACUGUUCCCACAGCACAAGAUGUAUUGUGGUGCGGAUUCCUCGAUCCUUACAAUGAUUCUUACGAUAAGGUUACAGCUCGCCAGCCGCAGCCUCUCAAGCGUAUGGAACACAAGGAGUUCUACCCUGUUACCACUACUGAUGAUCCCGUCUUGGAGAAACUUGCUAUUGAUGGAGUCGGAAAGGUAUUUGUCACUGAUACCAUUUUGGCUCACCUUAUGACUUGUACAAGAUCCGUUUAUCCCUGGGAUCUUGUGAUUCAAAAGCUUCCAGGUGGCACCCUUUUCAUUGACAAGCGUGAUAACUCGCAACUUGACUACCUCACUAUCCAUGAAACGAGUUACAACCCUCCAAGCCCAACUGAGGAUGGAAUCAACAACCCAGAGCGCCUUGGUCUAGAAGCUACCAUGAUCAAUCAAAACUUCUCGCAACAAAUUCUUAAGAAAACUGGCCGAAAGGAAAUGGCCUUGCCCAACCCCUUUUUCGAUGAAGAGGAUGCAGAUGGCAUGGAGCCUGCUUCUACCGCUUUCCGUUACCGAAAGUUUGCUCUAGACGAGGAUACUGUUUUGGUUUGUCGUACGGAGCUUCACGGUUUGGUGAAGAAGAGUCAAUAUAUGACUGCCUUUGCCCUCAACGAGUACACACCAACAGACGCCAACCAAAACACAAACAACAACGUUUGGAGAGAAAAGAUUGACUCUCAGCGUGGUGCUGUUCUUGCGAAUGAGUUGAAGAAUAACUCCUUCAAGCUCGCAAAAUGGACUGCACAAUCGCUUCUGAGCGGUGCUGAUCAGAUGAAGAUUGGUUUCUGUUCAAGAGCAACAGCCAAGAAUGCAUACGAUCAUGUCAUUUUGGCAACUCAAUUCUACCGCCCCAAGGAUUUCGCUACCCAAAUUACGCUCCAAGAAGGACAAAUGUGGGCAAUGCUUCGAUUUUUUUUCCAAUUGUUCAAUAAGCAAGAAGAAGGAAAGUAUGUCUUGAUGCGAGAACCUAACAAGGCAGUCCUCACCAUGUACAAAGUGCCACCAGAAACAUUCGAGGACGAGGAAUGA